AUGGAAUCCAAACACUUUGUCCUAGUCCAUGGUGCAUGUCAUGGAGCUUGGUGCUGGUACAAGCUCAAGCCCUUGCUCGAGUCCGCUGGCCACAAAGUAACCGCCAUUGACAUGGCAGCAUCUGGCAUAAACCCAAAGAAAAUUGAGGAAGUAUGGACUUUUGACGAUUAUAAUUUCAUAGAGAAUACUCCAGCUUGGCUAGACAUCAAGUUUGAACCCUACGGUCCACCUAAUGAGAAUCACAUCUCAAUUUUGUUUGGGCCUGAGUUUUUGGCAGAAAAGCUUUAUCAUUUGUGCCCUCCAGAGGAUCGUGCAUUGGCGUUAGCAUUGAUGAAGCCUUGCUCACUAUUUGAGGCUGACUUUGCAAACAAGAACUUGUCUAAGGAAGGGUACGGUAUAGUUCCACGUGUCUACAUUGUUUGUAAUGAAGAUAAAACAAUAACAAUGGACUUCCAAAAGUGGAUAAUUGAGAAUAUGGAAGGUGUGAAGCAAGUGAAGGCGAUGGACAACAUUGACCACAUGCCCAUGUUAUCAGGCCCUCGCGAUCUAUCCAUCCACUUGCUUGAUAUAGUUGCCGAGUAUAAUUAAAUUGCUUGUUUCGAGGAAAACAAUAUUAAAUACUAUAUGAAAUUCCCCCCAAAAAAAAUAAUGUACCCAUGAUACUUGAUAUGGUUUCAUUCAAUAAUGACUUUAUUUGAAACCAUUAUAUUUUAUUGGAUUUCUUAUCCUUUAGUUUCUUA